AUCCUCCCUAAAGCAGGGAGUGCGGAACUGUACCGACUCAACGCUGCACACGGGGCACAAGGAGAUUUUUCUGUGGACAAAGUGGCGUGUUGCUAUUUUUCAGCAAGUUUACAAACGUGAAAGAAUAUCCCUGUAAGACUGACGCUGUGUGUGUAAGGUUGAAGACUAAAAAUUGAACACGGAGGAGUAAUAUUUCCGCAAUGUAUUUUCUGGUAUUGUUGAGUGUAGGACUUCAACUUGUUGUUGUUUCCAGCGCUCGACUCGAGCCUUCCUGCAGCAAUGACUUUCUUAAAACCAUGGUUUGUACUUUACCUUGGAGCAGAAACCUCAGCUGUGCUAAGUAUUCCUUACGCUUUUUGCCAACAUCAGAAGAUCGUAGCGACAAUUACGAGUGCAUCUUUAAAGCAAACACAAAUGAUUCAUGUGAGUGCACAGUUGAAAUGAUCCAGUUUGUCACGCUAGAAGAAUAUACAGCAAAACUAUUGAAGGGAGGGAAUGAAAUACAUUCAUAUGUCAUCUGUCCUUCAGACCACAUUAAGCCUAUAUCUCCCUCAAUUGAGUAUGUGAUUCGGACUGAAAAUGGGAACUACAUUGUUAAAUGGACCAAAAAUUACGGAGAGGACGCAUAUCUGUUUAUGUCUUUGCAAUUUCAGUACAGUUACAAGAAGAAAGAUGAGCCAGAUCAGUGUGCAAGAACUGCAAACAGCUCACAGCUCUAUGCUGAGAUACUAGGCAGUGAGUUAGAGGAAAACACAGUUUAUGUAGUCAAGGUGAGAUCACGUUCAGAAGACUACAACACCCAGUGGAGUGACUGGAGCCAAGAAGUGGAAUGGACAAGUCCUGCAUCCCCUGUAAGCAUGUUGAUGGUCAUCCCGUUCCUAUGUAUCCUUCUGAUUCUCAUACUCUGUGCUGGUUACUGGGGUAUUACCAGAGCGAAAGCCAAGUGGUGGGAUAAUAUCCCGAACCCUUCCAAGGCACAUUUAAAUUUCCCUUAUGGGAAAAGAAAGGGGAAUUUGUUUCCGCAGAGUAAUAUAGCUCCUAUCCUGAACGUUAAUGUAGAGAAUGGCAUUCUAAGCAGUAAAAGUCAUCAUUUGAUGGGCACUGUGGAUGGUGACCUGCCACCUAUCAAGAUGGACCUGGACUAUGGAGAUUCGCUGUUAUCUGAUUACGCUCGUACUUACUCUGUAUCCCAGACGGAGGACAUUUCAAGUAGCAAAAUACAAAAUAUUAUGCAGCAUAGUCUUGAAAAGGCCUUAAUGCCAUUUUUCAACUUCAGUGCCCCCAACAACAUCAACUCACCCACAGUGCAGGAGUUCUACAAAAAUGUUAACGGCAUAGCACUGACAAAGGACAGUGGGGUCAGCCUGUCUGAGGGCACUCAUCCUCGUUGUCUGAGCAGCUCAGAGAGUAGCUACAAAAAUGUCUCUUACUCUUGGGUUUCUCCAUUGCAGGGGAGUGGCCAGCAAGAGCUGAUUCUGAAUGAAAAGGUUCCAUUUAUUGCUCCCUGCAGUGCUAAUGAUAAGUAUCAUUCAUGCGGUAAUGAGGUGUUAGUGCCUCCAAGUCAGCCACCACCUAUGGGCAUGAAUUUACCUGGUUUUCCCAGCACCACUGUUGCCUUGUCUCCCUUCAUGCACACAGAGUUAGAGUACCGCACAUGUGAGAAUAGCAUGACAGCUGUGUCUACAGCAGAAGGCUUUUCAUCAUCCCAUACUGCACAGAUAUGCAGUGACUUGGGCACACUGGCUGUCCCUUCCAACACAACUGCAACAGAUGAUGGAUAUCAGAGUUUCAGCAAUGCUAUAGGCAAGGCCUCCCUUAAUGUGGACCAACUCACCAGAGAAAGGCUUAUCUGCAGCAUUAACCCAGCUUAUGCUGGCUUCCCCUCUCACAGCGGUCACCUGGACCAGUCAGAAGAGGGUUACCAGGCUCUCCAAAGUUUAGGUUGUGCCAGAGGAACUCAGCAGCGAGGGAUUGGCAGUACAGAGAAGAGAGUGAAUGGACGUGAAGGUGGGAUGUCUUGGUGUUCCAAAAAUCCCACACCUACUGUCACAGCAGUUACUUUUCACAGCACAGAUAUGCUGUCCCCAGAUGCCCCAACUAAGUCUGUUUCAGAUAGUCAAUCUGUUAUGCAAAUUGUCACCAACCACUUUUAUCAGAAAGUAUGACAACUUAUACUAGGGUAUACCCUGCCUUACACCUAAAUACUUAACCAGGAUACCAGGAAAGACUUAUCAAACCUGUUAUGAUAUGCAGCUACUCAGAAUUACCAAAUGCUUUUUAAGAAGUUGCUUACUGUUUUUAUGAGUUUUUGAUGUUUAAAUCUCAAGAUCAUUGAUCUUCAAGACUAAGAAAAUCAUUGUACAUAUAUGAGUAGUAACGUUUGUUCCGUAGGUGGUACAGUUAGGAACAAUAAAGAAGCUGUCACAAUAAGCAAACAUUUUACAGGGAAAUAACCAGUACGAAAGUUAUCUUAAAGACAUGUUGAAACUUAAAUGAUGUUGCAUUUAACUAAAAACCAGUUGGUGCAAUAGAUAACUGAUUUUGUAUUUUGAUAAAUAUGUAGCACUGAUGAAAUAGAAUGGAUACUGUUUCACAUCUCAAACUUAAAUAUUCAGUUUCUGCAUUUUAAGUUAUAAUGCAUUUAUGACAACUAUAUGCUUUGUAAGUUGUGAUACCACUAAAUACUUUAAUAUUUAGGGAGUAAAUGCCAUUUCAAAUACUAAAAUAGAUUUGUAGCACUUUGCUGCUGUGGUUUUUACCGAAAUUGUAUAAACCCAUUCCUCACACAACAGGGUUAAUUUAUUCCAAGAAAUCACCCCAUUUUGUGACUUUUUGUUGUGAGGGUUGAAUUACUAUUAUUUCUUAUAGAAAAAAAUAAUUUAAAUUAAUAAUAGGCUACAUAAUAUUAUUACAAAUCUGAAAUGAAGAGUAUUUUUAUGCAUGAGGGCACCGAAACAUUUUAUAGUAUUUGUAACAAAAUUAUUUUUAACCUGCCUUAUAAUGUUGUAUUUUCAUUCAUCCCUUGUCAAUAACCAAUAAUCAGUUAUAAAUAAUAACUUGUCUGAUGUUUAAUGCAGGGACUCAGAGGCCCAAAAACUAUACAGGAAGCAUAGGACACAAGGUUGGGCAUACCCUGGAUGGAGAAUUUUUUUCAUACCUUUUCAUACCUUUCUUUUAUACCUAUUUAUGAUGUAAAGAAAGUUUAAGAUCACUGUCUGCAUCUUUCACUUUGCAAAGCAUGAAGCCACUGCUUGUGUUGUUUCACACUAGAUAAUCUUCAUAUGAUUGUGACAUUAAGGUUUUGCUGUGUAAGGGUUUUUGUACUAUACAAGGUGUUAGUAUGAGUUAUAUACAUGAAUUAAUUAUGUUUGUAGUUUAUUUCUGUAAGUGCUCAGAGUACCCAGGUUCACAUCCCGCUUUGUGCUAUAAUUCCAUUGAGCAAGAUGCUCACUCUGAAUUGCCCGCGUAAAAGUUGCUGUGUCACAUACAUGGGUAAACGACUGUAGUUUAACACUGUAAGUCACUUUGGAGAAAACACAUCAGCUAAUUGAAGUAAUAAAAACAGUACUGAACCUAUUGUUUUGGUUCUGAUUUAUAUUUGCUUCAAUCAACAGGUCAGCUUUGCUGACGUUAAUCUGAUAAAUGUUAAAUAUACCGCUGUUUUUAUUAUUGAAGUGUACUAUAAUUAUUAACUACUUUAAGGAACAUGCCUCUAUCCAAUGCCUAUAUUACAAGAGACAGAGUCCAACCUUUACAAUUAGAAGCAUGGGUGCUAGCAGUCAUUGUUACCAAAGUAAUGUUGAGAUUAAUGUUCUAGAUUUAGCCAAAAAAAAAAAAAAAA